UUAUACGUACAGGCGCUUCGAAGCAGAGAAGGGCUUACUGCAGGCCGCGCUCUAAGUGAAAUUCACUCGCCGAGGAGUUACCGCCUGGGCAUAUUAUCCCACAGCUAUUUGCCAUCCUGCUACAUCAUACGACUGUGUCAAUAUCGGGGACUUGUCUCCUUUGGAAAGUGGUCCCAGAAUGGGCACCAGCGCGCUGCCCACCUGGCCAGCUUUAACGUAACACCCGGUGAUUGAACACUUAAUGAUAAAAGGAAUGUCUGGCAAGGAGCCGAACGCUAUGGAGCCGACUGAGGGUAUCAUACACUACCCCAGCGGCAACAUCGCAGUGGUGGCAUGUAAACAAGCAGCUGGGUUUGUGGUCACCUUCAUGAGCGACAGCAAAAACUCUCAAAUCCUAGCAAGCUUCGAUUCCAAAGGAGUCGGCGGCGUCAACUACCUCAACGGCAGGCCAUGGCUGGUGGUGACGGAGUCGGGCUACACGCUGUCUGACAAGAAGGGCAAUGUGGUGGAGCGGAUAAAGUUCCCCAGGACCAGCCAGGAGGUCAUCUCGCUGGACGUCACGGAAUGCAUCAGCGUGCGCUUCACCAACCGCCAGAACAUCAUCGCGGUGUUUGCCGGGCCCGAGGGCCGCCACGAGUGGCAGUGCGGCGAGGCGCUGAGGCGGACGGAGGCGCCCUACACCUCCAAGGUGCUCGGGACCAAGGAGGGCGGGCGGUUAGAGCUGGACGUUGCGGCCAUUCGGCAGCGGCAGCAGGCGGUGGGCAGCGUGUACGUGCCGCCGGGGCCGCACCGCACCGAGACGGAGCGGCCGGGCGUGGGCUCGCUGCGCAAGGCGCUCCGCAACCUGGAUCCUGCCAGCGACCUCUCCGCCACCGUCUCCGAGCUGCGCAACCUGGACACGCGCCUGGGCUACAUUGACACGCUGCCGCGGGUGCUGUACGGCACGGCACGGUCCGCCUCGGCGGGGACGCUGGCGCGCGGCACGGCGGGAGGGGGCGGGGGAAGCUUGGGGACCACGAGCCUGGUGAUGGGGUCGAGCGGGCGGCUGGUGUUGGAUGACUACGGCAGCCCAGAGCUGAGCAAGACGCAGAGGCGGUUCGCGAGCUCGCUACGCGGCGUGGAUGCGGAUAAAAUCCGGCAUAAGGCCAGGCGCGCCAAGUUGCCGUGGAUGCGGCUGAAGGAUUUGGACACGGCGGUGUUUGGGCCCACGGCGCCCGGCGACACGCUGCAGGUGCUGUGUGUGCUGGCGGACUGGAACCCGGUGUGUGCCAAGGUGGAGGCGCAGCUGGAGGCAGCCAACGGGGCGCUGGCGGAGGAGGCGGCGGCGAGGAGUGGGAGUGAGGCGGCGCGGAUAAAGAUGUGGAAAGUAGACGCGAGCGAGGGCAACCUGCUGCAAGACCGAUACGGCUUCCGGACAGUGCCAAUGCUGCUGCUGUUCUACGAGGGCCGUCUGGUGGCUGCCACCAACAACAUCCGCACCGAGGCACAGGCGCGGGAGGCGGCGCUGGGCGCGCUAGUGCGAGGGCGCAAGAAGGAGGUGCUGCCGGAGGGCUGGCGCUUCGGCACGGGCGCCGACAACAGCCUGCUGGACUACCUCCGGCCCAACACCGUGUUGAGGGAGCUGUGAGGCGCGAGGCAGGCAGGAAGGCAGGCAGGCAGCGAGGCAGCGGCGCAUACGGGGCUGGCUGGGGGGUGGAGGUAGUGUGUGUGAGGAGGCGGCGAGGUGGAAGCAGCAGCCUGGCUGUGCGUUAUUGUUGGAGGAGUGGUGGGCCGACGGGGGCCAGAGCAGGCAUGUGGGCAGUGUUGGGAAGUUCAGGACACACGUCGCGGCGGGCACGCAAUGACCACAAAGCCAGUGACGUCAAUCUGUGAUGGGCUGCUGGCAGCGCAGGCAGCAGCGCGGGGUAGUCAUGGCGCGAUGUACGCUGAAGACGGAGAGGACGCAAAGCAUUGAUGCAGGGCUCCUAUCUUAAUGUCUCCAGACAUUAAUCGGCCAUUUUGGCCGUUUCCUAGACAUUCCUUCCGGGGGCUAAUGUCUGGGGCGAGACUUUGUUGGCCCGGGUUUGGGACCGGCUUUGUCUGAAUUCCUAUGGAGA